CGUCUCCGCAGCCACCUCGCACCGACCCCGGGCGGCAGCCACCGACCUGCGGCGCCGGCUGCGGCCGCCCCGGCUGCACCCCUAAACCCCGGCGGGCGCUUGCGGGGGAGUCCAGGUCCCCUGCCCGAGCUCGCUGUCCUUGUUGCUCUUUUCUUCACGUAAAUCUCUCCCUCCCCCAGCUCCUGGCUUUUCCCCCAGCUGUAGCUCUGCACCCCAUCUUCUCCUUUAGUCUCAGCUUUGCACCCCAUCUUCCCCCCUACUCCAUCCAGUCCUAUCACUCCAUCUUCUCUCCAAGCUCCAGCUUCGCAUCCCAGCGUCUCCCCCAGCUCCAACCUUGCACCCCAGUUUCUCCUAGCCCUAGCUUUACAUCCCAGCUUUCCCCAGUCUGUCUUGCACCCCUGAUUCUAACCUUAGCCUUGCACCCAAGUUUUUCUCCAGGCCCCAGACUUGCACCCCAGUUUCUCCCUCAACCCCAACUUUGCACCCCAGCUUCUCCGCACCCCAAGCCUUGCACCCCUGAUUUUACUCAACUCCAGCUUUGCAACCCAGCUCCCAGCUUCCCCCUCACAUCCUCAAGCCUCUGGGAACUUGGGGGGCGGCUUCUCUAUCGAUCUGCAGGAUGUACCCGCAGGGAAGACACCCGACCCCGCUACACUCCGGCCAACCCUUCAAGUUCUCAGUCCUGGAAAUCUGUGACAGGAUCAAAGAAGAAUUCCAGUUUCUCCAAGCUCAGUACCACAGUCUCAAGUUGGAGUGUGAGAAGCUGGCCAGCGAGAAGACAGAGAUGCAAAGACACUACGUGAUGUACUACGAGAUGUCCUAUGGCCUCAACAUCGAGAUGCACAAACAGGCGGAGAUCGGAAAGCGUCUCAGUGGAAUUUGUGCUCAGAUUAUCCCGUUUCUUACCCAGGAGCACCAGCAACAGGUUCUUCAGGCUGUGGAACGGGCCAAGCAGGUGACCGUGGGGGAGCUGAACAGCCUCAUCGGGCAGCAGCUCCAGCCUCUGACCCACACCCCGCCUGUGCCGCUCACCCCGAGACCGGCCGGCCUGGUGGGCGGCAGCGCCACGGGGCUGCUGGCCCUGUCCGGGGCACUGGCUGCGCAGGCCCAGCUGGCUGCUGCGAAAGAGGACCGUGUGGGCGUGGACUCCGAGGCCUCCAGGGCAGAGAGAGCUGCGAGCAGGAGUGCUUCCCCCUCUCCCGCGGAGAGUCUGGUGGAGGAGGAGCAUCCCAGCGGCCCAGGCUGCAAUGGGAAACAGCAGAGAACAGAAGACAAGGAUCUGUCAGGACCUUAUGAAAGUGAUGAAGACAAGAGCGAUUAUAAUCUCGUGGUGGAUGAGGACCAACCAUCAGAGCCCCCCAGCCCUGAUGUCACCCCAUGUGGAAAGGCACCCAUCUGUGUCCCUUCAAGGAGGGACCUCGUGGACAGUCCAGCCUCUUUGGCCUCCAGUUUGGCCUCACCACUCCCCAGGAGCAAAGAACUUGUUCUGAACGAUCUUCCAGCCAGCACUCCUGCCACCAGAUCCUGUGGUUCCACCUCACCCCAAGACGCAUCCACCCCUGGGCCCAGUUCUGCCAGUCAUCUCUGCCAGCUGGCGGCAAAGCCAGCGCCAUCCACAGACAGCCUCGCCCUGAGGAGUCCGCUGACUCUGUCCAGCCCUUUCAACCUGGCCUCUCAUGGCACCCUCAAUGGGGACCUCUCCAUGUCCAGCUCCUACGUCAGCCUCCACCUGUCCCCCCAGGUCAGCAGCUCUAUGGUGUACGGACGCUCCCCACUGAUGACGUUUGAGUCUCAUCCACAUGUCAGAGGCUCUUCCAUCUCCCUGUCCAGCAUUCCUGGGACAAAGCCGGCCUACUCUUUCCACGUGUCUGCGGAUGGCCAGAUGCAGCCGGUGCCCUUCCCGUCGGACGCACUGGUGGGCGCCGGCAUCCCCCGCCACGCGCGGCAGCUGCACACGCUGGCCCAUGGUGAGGUGGUGUGCGCCGUCACCAUCAGCGGCUCCACGCAGCACGUGUACACGGGUGGCAAGGGCUGUGUGAAAGUGUGGGACGUAGGCCAGCCUGGGAACAAGACACCCAUAGCCCAGCUGGACUGCCUGAACCGGGACAACUACAUCCGCUCGUGCAAGCUGCUUCCGGACGGCCGGAGCCUGAUCGUGGGUGGCGAGGCUAGCACGCUGUCCAUCUGGGACCUGGCAGCCCCCACGCCCCGCAUCAAGGGCGAGCUGACCUCGUCCGCCCCGGCCUGCUACGCCCUGGCGGUCAGCCCCGACGCCAAGGUCUGUUUCUCCUGCUGCAGCGACGGCAACAUCGUUGUUUGGGAUUUGCAGAACCAGGCCAUGGUGAGACAGUUCCAGGGCCAUACGGAUGGGGCCAGCUGUAUUGACAUCUCUGACUACGGUACCCGGCUGUGGACAGGCGGUCUAGACAACACCGUGCGCUGCUGGGACCUGAGGGAGGGUCGCCAGCUCCAGCAACAUGACUUUACCUCCCAGAUCUUCUCCCUGGGCCACUGUCCCACCCAGGACUGGCUGGCGGUUGGUAUGGAGAGCAGCAACGUGGAAAUCCUGCACGUCCGCAAACCCGAGAAAUACCAGCUGCGUCUGCACGAGAGUUGUGUGCUGUCACUCAAGUUCGCCUCCUGUGGACGCUGGUUCGUGAGCACCGGCAAGGACAACCUCCUGAACGCCUGGAGAACCCCGUACGGGGCCAGCAUCUUCCAGUCGAAAGAAUCUUCCUCAGUUCUGAGCUGUGACAUCUCCAGAAAUAAUAAAUACAUUGUCACGGGCUCAGGGGACAAGAAGGCCACCGUGUACGAGGUGGUAUACUGAGCCUGGCUCCUUCUGCUCAAAGGCCUCAGCCUCACACACUCCCCAGCUGGUGCGGUUGGGGUGCUGGAGAAAUAAAAGGAGCACACCGGCUCUCCUGGUGUGUGAAGGUCCAAUGUC